UGACUUUUCUUCGUGCCGACCGAUCGAGCUCGUCGUCGUCGUGAGUUCGUCAUCGUUCGAUCGCCACUGAGGAAGAUCAUCAGCGGCGUCUUCAAUGACGACGUGACGCGUCGUCGAGAUAGAGAGAGAAAGAGAAAGCCCGCCAGUGCAGACGGACGGACGCCGUGGAAGACGACGACGCGCCCCUUGACAUAGGCCAUUUUGCGCGGCGUCGGGAUUGAUGAAAGGGCCUGUUCCUUCAGGGGCAGGUCGAGGCAGAUGCGCGCUGGUUCUAUCUCCCCUUCGCAGGUCUUCGUAAUCCGGAACGGAAGCGACCGAGUAUAGCGUGACCGAAAUCGGAAAGUCGGUGAGCGUGCGAAAGUUGGUGGCUCGUCGAGGAGGAAUCUCUCUCGCAAUCGCGAAUAAGGAUAGAACGUUAUUUCCCCAGGUUCCCGAAAUCACACGCUACGCAACGACAGAAGCGAUGGAGAAGAUAGAGAUUGUAAAAAUAGAGGAAUGUACUGAUGCUGUACUGAUUGAUGGUACAACCACAGAGAUCUUAUUUGAUACAGAUACCUCAGAUAUACAGAUACAGGAUCAGCCUAUAUUAGUAGAUUGUAGUCCACAUACUGAUGUAAAAGUUAUUUCAGAAAAUGGUCAAAUUAUAUCAAUUAUUACUGACUAUGAAUGUGUGACAUGUCACCGUAUCUUUCAAUCUGAAGAUAUGUUAAAGGAGCACUUAGACAUGUGCAGAGAAGAAGAUGACACGACAAAUAUCAUGGAGUUCAAUGAUAUGGAAAAUUAUGAUUCAGAAGAUAACGAAGAGGAUGAGGAUGAUCCAUCUUUAAAUGAAGAUUCAGAUUCCAAGAGCCAAAAGAAUAACAAUGAAAAGAUUAAACCUGUAAUCAAGCCUGUACCGGAAACGCAAUGUCAUUGUUGUGCGGAAGAUUUGAAGACAGCGCAUAGCGGUGGGGGAUUCAAAUGUCCCCAUUGUAAUCUCAGUUUCAAGAAGAAAGCGUCUUUGGAGAGGCAUGAUAUAGUUAUACACUGGAAGUGCGAUACGUGCACGUGCGACGAAUGCGGCUCAUCUUUUCGUGAUAAAAAAGCAUUAAAUAAACACCGCUAUACCACGCAUGGAGACCGCAAAAUUUUUAGAUGUGAGCCUUGCGACACUUAUUUCUCUCGGGGCUACCAUUUAAAUCGACACAUUAUGCAAUCUGGUUGUCACGGCAGUAUACUUAAUACAUUCAGUUGCCAAGUUUGCAAGAAAGUUUUCACGCGUAAGGAUAAUUUGCGGGAACACUUGCGUACUCACGCGGGAACACCUCAGAGACAAAAAAAACCGUGUAAAUAUUGUCCAAAAGAGUUCUUUACGAGCCAACAGUUGUUGGUUCAUGAACGUAUGCACACUGGAGAGCGGCCAGUCUCAUGCGAUUUAUGUCCGAAAACAUUCCUCUCGUCGUUGGCGCUAAAAAAGCAUCGUCGUGUACAUACCGGAGAGAAGCCGUUCGAAUGUAAAUAUUGUCAGAGAAAGUUUGCCGCUCGCGAGACACUAAACCGUCAUCAACGGACUCAUACAGGCGAAAAGCCGCAUGUUUGUCAGUAUUGCGGUAAAUCGUUCAUACAAGCAGCUCAAUUAAGAGCACAUAUAUUCCACCAUACUGGAGAAAAUGGCUUUUAUUGCGACGUAUGCGGUAAGGCAUUCAACCGAAAAGCACGUUUAAAUAUUCACAAGAAAUUCGUGCACGAGGGUGCUAUUCCAUUUACGUGUAAAAACUGUGAUAAAGGCUUUACGCGAAAGGAGGACUUGGUGAAACAUGCGCUGUUGCACACUGGCAUCAAACCAUUCAAAUGCGACAAAUGUCCAAAAGCCUUCUCGGCAAAGUCGUCGUUGCAAGCUCAUCUCAAUACCCACAGACGCGAACCGCCCCAGUCGUGCAUCGAGUGUAAUAGAGUAUUCAUCCGACAAGACUGUCUGAUGCGACACAUUCGGGCGAAGCAUCGAGAACUAUUGGAGGACGUGAUGAACGAGGUCGAAAGAAAGCAUUUGCAGACACAGUUAUACAACAUUGCCUCGAUUGCCGCAGCCAAAACGAAAAACGGAGAAUCCAAAAGGCUUUCCACCGACGAAUUGUUAAAAGCCAUCAUAGAUCUCUUGAGGAUACUUAUUGAUGAGGAAACAUUACAGCUAUUUGGUUGGCCAGAGGCUCCGAUACAAGAUAUUUUGGAGGCUGUGAUCAGAAGAUGCGGGCAUGAGCCUAUAACGUCGGAAUCCAACAUAAUGUUCACCGAGAGAUUACGACAAAAUGUUAAGCUUUUAUUUACCGUCGUCAUCGAUACAGUAAAAGAUGACACGGUGAAAUCCCUUUUGACGACGAAGACAGUGGACGAUGUCAUUCUCCACGUUUUAGAGAUAUCUAAUGGCAUACACGAUUAGGAAGGGAAAAGUAUAUUUAUUAUUAUUAUUAUUAUUAUUAUUAUAUGAGAAAAGUGCUCAUACUCUCUUUUUUUGAAUUCUGGAUAUUUUAAGAUCAUGCCAAGACGCGCGAGAUUUUUGAAAAAAAAAAAGAAAUGAUUUGAUCGACUUUAUA